GGUGGGUGUAUCCAUGAUGGAACCUGGCAAUCAGCUGUCUAUGGUUUUGCAGACAGUGACAAGCUAAGGGCUCUGAGGAAGAAGGCUGGCUACAAACCACUACCUGUAGUAGGGAAGAAAAUCAAAAGAAGGAGUACCCUGUUCUUCAGUAAGGAGAUUGAGCAAUAUGCUGUGCCCUUCAUGGGGGCUGACCCCUCAGUGGUGAAAAGAACACAGGGCUUUCUGCAUAAGGAGUACCAGGAGUCACCAGUCCAGUAUGGAGCAUAUGUAGGUGUUGGGGGGAUCUCCUCUCUGGUCAAGCUGUUCUUUGCAGGAAUUCUAUUCUGCUUCAUGGUCAAGUUUGCAUUUGGUAGAAAGCUGCUGAUUAAGUUUCCAGAAUUCUUCUCCUUUGGUGUCUUCUCAAAAGUGGGUCCAACUAGAAAGCAGAUGGAGGAUUCUUCCUUCUGCUUCACCUUUCUUGGGGAGGGCUAUACAGAGGGCCAAGAUCCAACGAAGGGCAAACCCAAUGCGAAGAUCUGUACUCAAGUCAAAGGACCAGAUGCAGGCUACGUUGCCACCCCAAUAGCCAUGGUUCAAGCAGCCCUCACCCUCCUCAGUGAACCAGAAUCCCUCCCAAAAAUGGGGGGUGUGUACACUCCUGGAGCAGCUUUUAUCAAGACAACCCUGGUUGACCGACUUAACAAGCAUGGCUUACAGUUCUCUGUGAUGACCAGCUCUGAGGCUUGAGGAGGACCUUCUACCCCUGCCCUCACCCCACAGUCCUACACGUGCCCAGCUUCAUAUUUCUCUGCUUGCUUAGGAAAAGAAAAAAGAAAUGUUCAAAUAUCAAUGUCAAGUAAAAAAUAAUUCCUUUAUUAGCAAAUCAUCAUUGCAAUCUCCUAUGCCAUGUAAUUUAUUGAAUUGAUGUGCAAGCAUGCCGGUGUUCUCUGCUUGUGAGUUUGGACAUGCGCUAUACAUCAAGGUGUCAGCUGCUCUGGUUUUGGACCUCAGAUUUAGCAGCACAGAUCAAAGUUUAAAGACUAUAGAUUUAGAGCAGUAUGAUUUUUCUCACCAACCAAAAAAAAUGCAGCUUUAAGAAGAGAAACAAAUUAUAUGACAACUUACAGUUCAGUAAGUUUACGAGUAAUUAUUUAAAGAAAUGUGAACACAGCGUAGCUUAUCAAGGACUUGUGAGGUCUCUAAAGAAUUGUUAGAAUGGCUUCAAUACCUUUGGGCAACUGAAAGAUACUAUAUUGGAAUUGGAUGAUCUAGACUAGAGUUAAUAAAAAGAUACCGUAUUAAUCCUGAAAGUAUUCUUUUGGUGAAAUAUUUCAUUAGAGGUUCAGUCUUACCAUGACAAAAAAAUGUGGUAGUCACAGCAGAAAUUAAAGUCGUGAUAAUGCGUGUUAUGCCGUAUGUGGAAAGCUGCUGUUAGUCAAUGUUUAAUUACUGGUGUUACUGCACUAUCUGCUUUACCUGCCCAAUCCUAAACAUAUAAAAUUGAGCCUCCUAACUAGCAAAACAAUACCUAUGUCUGCAAAAAUUACUAGCUAAUUAAUAAUAAUAACCUCCACAUCUAGCAGGAUGGUCUAGCCUACUAGCAAAUUAUUUGUAGUUUGAUGCCAGCUAACCAAUAAAGCUACUUGACUGGCUUCCAUGAACAAUCAACAAGGUAAUGAGCCAUCUAGCUAGUACAGACUACAUUCUGUCAGAAAAAGGGAUGGACUGCUUUCGUAUCACCUUGUUCACUAGUUAGUGGAGAUAACAGCUCAUUUUGUGCAAAAAAAUCAAAUCCUACCAUCAAAAAACAGCACACAAAGUUUUUUUUUGUGUUCCAGGUUGGUAUCAAUAAAAUAAAGAUUUAAACUUUAGAUCAGAAAUACUCAAAUACCUCUCAUUAUCCAUGAACAAUGCUUACAUAGGGAGUUUCUUGAUUGAAAUAAUACCCAUCAAAUGGGAUGAUUGGUUCUCUGUAAGGUAUCUGAAUUUAGGUUACUUUAAGUUCCAGUACUUUUCCCUGCUUUAAUGAUGAAAUUGACUAUUUUUCAUCCUUUAUGUACAUAUUUUGGGCUUUUACCAAUUAGACGUGUGGAAUGUAUUAGGUGUGGCUUAUAUAUGUCGCGUGCUGCCCAUUGUUUUUACAGCCGUGAUGAAGUGUUGAUAUGCUUUGGUCUGUUUCAUUGCCUUGUUCUAGUCCAUUUAAUAAAGGCCUUUAAUCCAUUUUUUCA